AUGCCGCAAAACGAGGCUGCGGCCCUUGACCCACUCGCCGGUGGAAGCUUUUCCCGGCUCCUCUUUUCCAACGUAGAAGCCGAAGACGCCGUUAAGAUUCUGGGUCUUGAUGAUCACCACCGCCGCCACCACCUUGAUAAUACAAACGGCGGCGGUGCCGGUCAUUUCGCAUUUGGAGACAAUCGAAAGCCACCGAAAAUGCUGUGCUUCGGAUCAGAUUAUAUCAGCAGUAGCAUCAAUGGCGUCUCAGCGGUUUCAUCAACUACUUAUUCCACCACAACCAUCACCGAUGAUAACAAUAACUCAUCGUCGCCGCCGUCUACUACCAACAGCACCACCACUUCUUUAUCAUCUAAUUCCAAUAUGAAAAGAGACAUGCGUAGGGAUUAUUAUCAGCCGAUUAUACUUCCAAAUAGUUUCGCCGCCACCAGUGCCACCGCGUCUCCGGCGAGGAGCAGCAGCCGCAACUGUAAAAAGAUGAGGACCGAAAAGACACCUCCGGUAAGCCAUGCAAAGGUGAAGAAGGAGAAGCUUGGAGAAAGAAUUGCAGCCCUACAACAGAUAGUGUCACCUUAUGGGAAGACAGACACUGCAUCGGUGCUACAUGAAGCCAUGGGAUAUAUCAAAUUCCUUCAAGAACAAGUGCAAGUCUUGUGCUCUCCCUACUUGCAACGUCCCACGUCCACACACAUCGAAGGAGAAGAAGAUGAAGAUGGAGGUGAGAAGAAGAAAGAUCUUGGGAGCAAGGGGCUGUGUCUGGUUCCUGUUGAGUGCACCCUUCAUGUCGCAGAAAGCAAUGGUGCUGAUCUCUGGUCACCUGCCAUGGUCAAUCGCCAUGAUUCUUCAGUACUGCACUGA